AUGGCGAGUCGACGAGAUUUCCUCAACCAGCCAGCGCCGGAGAACUACGUAGCCGGUCUCGGUCGCGGCGCCACCGGUUUCACGACACGAUCGGACCUCGGACCGGCGCGGGAAGGACCCAGCGAAGACCAGAUCAAAGAGAUCGUCGCAAAGCGUGCUGCGGCGCUAGGCAUCGGCGGCGAGGGCAAGAAGGGCGGCGACGAAGGCGGCGACGACAGCGAGCGGUACCAAGACCCGGAUAACGAGGUGGGGCUCUUCGCGGGAGGCAUCUACGACAAGGACGAUGAGGAGGCGGACCAGAUAUGGCAGUGGGUAGACGAGAAGAUGGCCAAGAGGCGAAAGGCGCAGCGGGAGGCGCGCGAGAAGGCCGAGCUGGAGGAAUACGAGAGGAAGAACCCCAAGAUCCAGGCGCAGUUCGCCGACCUGAAGCGCGCGCUGGGCACGGUGUCGGACGAGGAGUGGGCGAACCUACCCGAGGUCGGGGACCUGACGGGGAAGAAUAGACGGGCGAAGCAGGCGCUCAGGCAGAGGUUUUAUGCCGUGCCGGAUAGCGUUAUCGCUGCGGCGAGCGACUCGACGCAGAUGACGACGACGGUGGCGGAUGAUGGUACGGUGUCGAGCGCGGACGCGGCGGAUGGGACGAUGACGAACUUCGCUAAGAUUGGUGCGGCCAGGGACAAGGUGCUCAAGGUGAGGCUGGACCAGGCCUCGCAGGGCGGGAACGGAGUCGAGUCGACUGUGGGGACGGCGACGAGUAUCGAUCCCCAGGGUUAUAUCACGAGCUUGAAUAGGCGGGCCCUCACGGAGGCGCAGGCGCAGGUCGGCGAUAUCAACCGAGUUCGCGAGCUUCUGCAGUCUGUCAUCAAGACGAAUCCGAAUAAUCCGCUAGGGUGGAUCGCGGCUGCGCGUCUGGAAGAGCUGGCCGGCAAGAUCGUGACGGCGCGAAAAGUUAUCGCUGAGGGCUGCAAGAACCGGCCCAAGAGCGAGGACGUAUGGCUGGAGAACAUCCGACUCAACGAAGGGCAGAAUGCCAAGAUUAUCGCCGCCGAGGCCAUCAAGCAUAAUAGCAGGUCGGUGCGUCUCUGGGUCGAGGCGAUGAAGCUCGAGAACAUCCCCAGUGCGAAGAAGAGGGUCAUCCGCCAGGCUCUCGACCAUCUCCCGGACUCCGAAGUGUUAUGGAAGGAGGCCGUCAACCUCGAGGAGGACAUCGACAACGCCAAGAUUCUCCUAGCCAAGGCAACAGAGCUCAUUCCCCUCUCCGUCGACCUGUGGCUUGCACUCGCGCGACUCGAAACGCCGGAGAAUGCUCAGAAGGUGCUAAACAGAGCCCGGAAAGCCAUCCCGACAUCCCACGAAAUUUGGAUUGCUGCCGCCCGUCUUCAGGAGCAGCUCGGCGAGGGAACCAAGGUCAACGUCAUGAAGCGCGCCGUCCAGGUCCUCGCCAAGGAGUCGGCAAUGCCGAAGCGCGAAGAGUGGAUCGCCGAGGCCGAGAAGUGCGAGGAGGAAGGGGCUAUCAUCACCUGCGGCAACAUCAUUCGCGAAACCCUUGGUUGGGGUCUGGACGAGGAUGACGACAGGAAAGAUACCUGGAUGAAGGAUGCCAAGUCGAGCAUUGCGCGUGGCAUGUACGAAACGGCGCGCGCCAUCUACUCCUAUGCGCUGCGGGUAUUCGUCAACAGUAGGACGCUGUGGAUGGAGGCUGCCGACCUCGAGCGGCAUCACGGCACGAAACAAUCGCUGUGGGAUGUGCUCGAAAAGGCCGUGGAAGCCUGUCCCAAGAGCGAAGUGCUAUGGAUGAUGCUAGCCAAGGAGAAGUGGCAGGCCGGCGAGAUCGACAACGCCAGGCAGGUACUCGGCCGCGCUUUCAAGCAGAACCCCAACAACGAAGAUAUCUGGCUCGCCGCCGUCAAGCUCGAAGCCGAAAACAACCAAGUCGAGGAGGCGCGGGAGCUUUUGGAGCAGGCCAGAGAGCAGGCACCCACGGAUCGCGUGUGGAUGAAGAGCGUGGUGUUCGAGCGCGUGCUCGGAAACCAGGAAGCCGCACUCAACCUCGUGCUCAAAGCCCUGCAAUACUUCCCCGGCGCCGCGAAGCUCUGGAUGCUCAAGGGCCAGAUCUACGAAGACAUGGGCAUGGUGCCGCAGGCGAGAGAGGCGUACGCCACAGGCGUCAAGGCCGUGCCCACAUCCGUACCCCUGUGGCUCCUCUACUCCCGCCUCGAGGAGAACGCCGGUUCGGUGACCAAGGCCCGCAGCGUGCUCGACCGGGCGCGCCUCGCCGUGCCCAAAUCCCCCGAGCUCUGGUGCGAAUCGGUGCGCGUGGAACGCCGCGCCGGCAACGCAAACCAGGCGCGCAACGUCAUGGCCAAGGCCAUGCAGGAGGUGCCCCGAAGCGGAUUGCUCUGGAGCGAGCAGAUUUGGUUCCUCGAACCGCGCACGCAGAGGCGGCCUCGUAGUCUCGAGGCGAUCAAGAAGGUGGACACAGAUCCGCUGCUUUUCGUCGCCGUGGCGCGGAUCUUCUGGACGGAGAGGAAGCUCGAUAAGGCGCAGAGCUGGUUCGAGAAGGCGCUGGUGCUGGAUAGCGAUAACGGGGAUACGUGGGCUUGGUAUUACAAGUUCUUGCUGCAGCAUGGUACUGAGGAGAAGCGAGGCGAAGUUAUUUCCAAAUGUAUCAUGAACGAGCCACGGCAUGGCGAAUAUUGGCAGAGGAUAGCGAAGGAUCCUAAGAACGCCAGGAAAGGAAUCGAAGAGAUCCUCAAGUUGGUGGCAGCCGCUCUCGAUAGGUAG